GAACGUGGCCUCCUGCUGUGAAUGGCCCAUAUUGAACCGGUCGCCGAUGCGCUCAAUCUCUCUCUCUCUCUCAAAAAUUCCGACACUUCUUGGCAGGCCACCUCUGUCAAUCUCUGCAAUGGCGAUCACCCUCUUCCGUUCACGUCCUCAUUCCUCCUUCCUUCAUACUAUUACGGGCUUGAGGCAAAUGCUGGGAGGUAAAAUUGCCGAGGCUCUGUUUGAUUAUAAUAAGGUUUCCAACCUUUGUGUGAGAGCUGGGAGAGUCAUUUUCGCGAGGUCGGUUCGCAUAAAUGCCCGCAUAUCGGUCCCCGGGGUUUCUUCAGGGAAUCCAGAGAAAGUACCUCCCAAAUUCUUGAGGGACAAGAAGAUGGUGCCUGAUCCAGAUCCUCCAAGCCUUAAGGAUACUGAUUCUUUGCAUCAGUUUUUUGAAUCAAGUACGAAGCUUGUGGUUCUGACUGGAGCUGGAAUGAGCACGGAGUGUGGUAUUCCUGAUUAUAGAAGUCCAAAUGGGGCUUAUAGCACAGGUUUCAGGCCAACUACCCAUCAGGAGUUUGUUCGUUCUAAACGGGCCCGUAGGCGAUAUUGGGCAAGGAGCUAUGCUGGAUGGAGAAAGUUUACCACAGCACAGCCUAGUGCGGCUCAUUAUGCCCUUGCGUCGCUAGAAAAGGCUGGUCGAAUAGAUUUUAUGAUUACCCAAAAUGUUGACAGAUUGCACCAUCGUGCUGGUAGCAAUCCACUGGAAAUACAUGGGACCGUUUAUACUGUAAUUUGUAUAGAUUGUGGAUUUUCUUUUUGCCGGAAUUUGUUCCAAGAAGAGCUGAAGGCUCUCAACCCAAAGUGGGCAGCUGCAAUAGAAAGUUUGGAUCAUGGAAACCCUGGUUCAGACAAGAGCUUUGGUAUGAAGCAGAGGCCUGAUGGUGACAUUGAGAUAGAUGAGAAAUUCUGGGAGGAGGAUUUUACAAUCCCUACUUGCCAAAAAUGCAGUGGGGUCCUUAAACCAGAUGUUGUAUUUUUUGGUGAUAACGUGCCAAAAGAUUGGGCUGACAGAGCCAUGGAAGCUGCUAGAGAGUGUGAUGCUUUUCUGGUCUUAGGAUCAUCUUUGAUGACAAUGUCUGCUUACCGCCUUAUUAAAGCCGCUCAUGAGUCUGGAGCUGCCACUGCAAUUGUUAAUGUAGGUGUGACACGGGCAGAUGAUUUGGUUCCUUUGAAAAUAAACGCUCGAUUGGGAGAGAUACUCCCCAGAGUGCUUCAUACAGGAUCUCUCAGCAUCCCUGCUGUUCGAUGACAAUAAGAAGGAGGCCAAGAAGGUAUGUAGAAGCCACAAGGCAGUGUCUCUGUAUGUUCUGUCAUGACUGCUUAGUAUAAUGAUUCUUUGAAGUCAAGUCUCUCCUACAUGUACACAUUAAGCCCAGAAGCCAUUCAUCUGUCUUGUUAUUCAUUUGUCUCGUCAAAUGAAAUCUGAUACUAUCGUGUAGAUGUUUAUGUGAAUCGUAACGAUGCACCGGAUAGGUUUCUUUCCAACAAAUUAGUUUGAAGCUCUCGUGGAGAUGGUGAGACUAAAUGGGAGACUCAGAAGGGUCAUAUAUCUCUUCAUAUUAUAUUUCCAAUCACAUGCCUUGGCAUUAUUUCUACAA